CAGUUGGUUAUCAUUCGUUUUUAAGUCAACUUGAACAAAGGGAAAGGAAACAUAAGAAAAGUUGACAAAAGUAAAGGGCGCAGAUAGAUAGAAGGAAAUAAGCAGAACAAAGCAUAAAAAAGAGAGGUAGAUUUGUUUAAGGGAUUACAAGUGUUAUUACUAAGAAAAUGACUAAUUUUACUGAAUCUACACUCUCUCCUACGGAGGAAGAACAAUCGAGCUAUCCUCUUAGUGAAUCUGCCGACGGAGACGACGAAAGGGACGACAACAACUACGAUUGGAGUAGUGAAUUUUUAAGGAAACGGUGCGUCUCUACGGGAGUAUCGUCUAUACUAGAUCCGCCUCCGUUCGCUGAUAGCGACAACGAAGAUGAUAAGGGUAUUUCUUUUUUAAAAAACACUCAAAAUGCCGUCGAUCAGGCGGAGACUUUGGUUAGAAGAGUAUGGCAUAAAAGCUGGAGAGUUGUCUACCAUUCUCACCUUCCAAAAUGGCUACAAGAUAAUAAUUUUCUGGUCGGUGGACACCGUCCUCCGUUAGAAUCUUUCCGCGCCUGUUUUCAGUCAGUUUUUCGAGUGCAUACUGAGACUGGAAACAUUUGGACGCAUUUAUUCGGCUGCAUAGCAUUUAUUGGUAUAACAAUAUCGUUCUUGGCAAGACCAAGCAUUGAAAUUCAAUGGCAAGAAAAAGCCAUCUUUUCAACAUUCUUUAUGGGUGCCAUAUUAUGUAUGCUAUUUUCCACCCUUUUUCAUACAGUCUAUUGUCAUUCGGAGUCUGUUGGAAGGCUAUUUAAUAAAUUGGAUUAUUGCGGUAUUGCUCUGUUGACCAUUGGUUCAUUUGUACCUUGGCUUUAUUACAGCUUCUAUUGUACGACUGCUCCUAAAAUUUCGUACAUAACCUUAAUUCUGGUUUUGGGUACUGCCUGUAUUGUCGUUUCUAUGUGGGAUAAAUUUGCUCAGCCAAAAUUUAGACCAGUAAGAGCCGGAGUAUUCAUUGGUUUGGGCCUCAGUGGAGUUAUUCCUGCAAUGCAUUACGUCCUUGUUGAAGGAAUUGAACGAGCAAUAAACGUGGCCGCUAUGGGUUGGUUAGUUCUAAUGGCCGCUCUGUAUAUCGGAGGAGCUUUGAUUUACGCUUUUCGAAUCCCAGAACGGCUUUGGCCAGGAAAAUUUGACAUUUGGUUCCAGAGUCAUCAGAUAUUUCACGUUUUUGUAGUCGCUGCAGCUUUUGUGCACUAUCAUGGAAUUUCAAAAAUUGCCCGCCAUCGAUUAUCAUUUGGGGAAUGUCUAGCAGCGGAUGAGAGCGGAAAUUUAAUUCUUUAAAUGAGAUUACAUAAUAAUUUUGAGAAUCGAAACAAGUAUCUACUACAACUACACUAAUACUGCUCUCUCUCUCUCUCUCUCUCUCU